GGUAACCACCCCUGUCCUCCAGAGCUUGGAACCAGAGCCGUGGUGCUGAGACCAGGAGCUCCAACUGUAAAUAUUUAUCAUUUCUUGCAUGAGAACUGAGGAAGAAUGGCCAGACCCCCUUGCCCAGGCCACCAGGGCCUGAUAACACAGCCUUUGCCUUCACAACCUUUGUUCCUACGAAGCCUCAUUUUACAAGAGGGAAAACUGAGCCUGAGGGAGGGUGAGUGGUUUGCCCACAGCCACACAGCUGGAGAAUGGUGGAACUCAGCCCAGAAACAAGCACCAGGUGUCUCCGUAGCAACCCUUCUGUGGCUUUCUGCUCGCCUGGUGACGUCACCGCGCAGUUCCGCCUCACGUCGUCACCUCGCCGGCGCCGGAAGUGAGCGGCGCGGCGCCGGAAGCACCCGGCAGAAGCGUCCCAGCGGAGGAGUUAGCGGCAUGGGGCAGUCGGGGCGGUCCCGUCACCAGAAGCGUGCUCGCGCCCAGGCGCAGCUCCGCAACCUCGAGGCCUACGCCGCGCAGCCGCACUCGUUCGUGUUCGCGCGGGGUCGCGCGGGUCGCGGCGUCCGGCAGCUCAGCCUGGACCUUCGUCGGGUCAUGGAGCCCCUCACCGCCACCCGCCUGCAGAUACGAAAGAAAAACACUCUGAAGGAUUGUGUGGCAGUGGCGGGGCCCCUUGGGGUCACACACUUUCUGAUCUUGAGUAAAACGGAGACAAACAUCUACUUUAAGCUGAUGCGCCUCCCAGGAGGCCCCACCUUGACCUUCCGGAUCAAUAAGUACACACUAAUGCGCGACGUGGUCUCCUCCUUGCGCCGACACCGCAUGCACGAGCAGCAGUUUGCCCAUCCGCCCCUCCUGGUGCUCAACAGCUUCGGCCCCCAUGGCAUGCAUGUGAAGCUCAUGGCCACCAUGUUCCAGAACCUGUUCCCCUCCAUCAAUGUGCACAAGGUGAACCUAAACACCAUCAAGCGCUGCCUUCUCAUCAACUACAAUCCUGACUCCCAGGAGCUAGAUUUCCGUCAUUAUAGCAUCAAAGUCGUGCCUGUGGGCGCAAGUCGUGGGAUGAAGAAGCUUCUACAGGAGAAGUUCCCCAACAUGAGCCGUCUACAGGACAUCAGCGAGCUAUUGGCCACGGGCGCCGGGCUGUCCGAGAGUGAGGCAGAGCCCGAUGGGGAGCACAACAUCACGGAGCUGCCCCAAGCCGUCGCGGGACGCGGCAACAUGCGGGCCCAGCAGAGCGCCGUGCGGCUCACUGAGAUCGGGCCCCGGAUGACACUGCAGCUCAUCAAAAUCCAGGAGGGUGUUGGGGAGGGGAACGUGCUGUUCCACAGUUUCGUGCACAAGACUGAAGAGGAGCUUCAGGCCAUCCUGGCGGCCAAGGAGGAGAAGCUACGGCUCAAGGCCCAGAGGCAGGACCAGCAGGCCCAGAAUGUCCUGCGCAAGCGGGAGCAGCGGGAGGCACACAGGAAGAAGAGCCUGGCAGGCAUGAAGCGGGCGCGGGCAGAGGCCAGUGGGGAUAGCGAUGCCGAGGACCCCGGCGCCCCCCCAGAGGGGACCGGCCAGCGAGAGGAAGAGGAGGAUGAAGCCGAGUAUUUCCGCCAGGCGGUGGGAGAGGAGCCUGAUGAGGACAUGUUCCCGAAGGCAGCCAAACGAAGACGGUCUGCCGGGCCCCCGGGCAAGAAGCAGCGAGGAAGGGGGCAGAGGCCAGAUCGAGGUGCCAUACCCUGCCCGACCAACUUCUCGGCCGCCGCCGAUCGCGUCCUCAGUCGUUUCCAGGAAGACUUUCUGUGGCCCGUGCUGGUGGUUGAGUUCCUGGUGGCCGCAGCCAGCAACGGCUUUGCCUUAUACCGCUUCGGCACGCGGGAGCGGCGCCCGUGGCACCCGGCUGUGGUCUUCUCGGCACAGCUGGCCGUCAGCGACCUGCUCUACGCCCUGACGCUGCUCCCGCUGGCCGCCUACCUCUACCCCCCCAAAAACUGGCAGUACGGGGAGCUGGCGUGCCGCCUGGAGCGCUUCCUCUUCACCUGCAACCUGCUGGGCAGCGUCCUCUUCAUCACCUGCAUCAGCCUAAACCGCUACCUGGGCAUCGUCCACCCCUUCUUCACCCGCAGCAGCCUGCGCGCCAAGCACGCCUGGGCCGUCAGCGCUGCCGGCUGGGUGCUGGCAGCCGUGCUGGCCGCGCCCACGCUCGGCUUCUCCCACCUGAAGCGGCCGCAGCAGGAAGGGGACUGCUCUGUGGCCAGGCCGGGGGCCUGCACCAAGUGCCUGGGGACGGCGGACCAGCGCCUCGAGGCCUACAGAGCCUACAGCCUGGCGCUGGCCACGGCGGGCUGCGGCCUGCCGCUGUUGCUCACCCUGACGGCCUACGGCGCCCUCGGGUGGGCGGUGCUGCGCAGCCAUGGCACGACGGCGGCCGAGAAGCUGCGUGUGGCGGUGCUGGUGGCCAGCGGCAUGGCCCUCUACGCCGGCUCCUACGUGCCCUACUACGUGACGCUGGUGCUCAACGUGUCCGCCCGGCAGCACUGGAGAGCCCGCUGCCCGGGCUUCGCUAACUCGGCUGAGGCCGAGGCGGCGCUGGAUUGGAGGACCUACGUGAGCCACCAGGUGAUGCGGGGCCUCAUGCCCGUGGCCAUCUGCAUCCACCCUCUGCUUUACAUGGCUGUGGCACCCAGCCUCGGCUGCCGCCCCGGUCCAGGAAGCUGCCUCGGCUGCGGGGAGAGCCAACCCCCCGAGGACGCCAGGAGCUCCGGCCAAGUCCUGCCCCUCAAUGUCACAGCCACUCCCAAAACUUCAGGGUCUUAGUCCCCCGAGCUGAGCCGACGACCUGGCCUAUUUUGAGCCGCUGCCGCCUGCCCUGGAAUCCAUCUGAGAGCAUGGCAGGCCCCAAACCACUACUUCCUCCGUGGUCUACAGAAAGACCUGAUGGGGGACUGGGGGUGCCCAGGCCAGGGAGGGCAGGAACUUCUGCCUGAAGCCCUGAUCCCCGAGAGGGCUGGCCCCCACUAGCCACAGAGCAGGUGACUAGACAAGGUGAAUAAACAAGACAGCACGUGACAACCGCAACCUCUUUAUUGCCGGGAGCCCCGCGCUCGGAGGAGCUGCCUUCCGUGGGGGCCCUGGGGGCCGGGGCCGGGUGGCUGCUGGCUUAGUUGGUUGACGGCCUGUAGAGAGAAACGGGUGGUGAGAACAGCCUGUGGGGGUGGAGUUCAGAUCCCAAAGGGAAUUCCAAGACUCCUUGCUACAUACAACUAACUGGGGCCUCUGUGGCAAUGGGGGGGGGGGGGGGGGGGG